GCUCUCCGCCCGGCAACUAUGGCCGUUCUUGAGUGUAGGAACCAUACUGAGUACAUACCAAUCUCCUUUAGGCAGGGAUCACGACGGAGGAGAUACAGUGCAGCAAGGAAGACAAUCAGUGACCGCUAGUAGUGACAAGCGCGGACCGGACCGGAAGUUCCGUGUCCUCGUUGUCCGGGGGAGCCGUUAGGCACGCACGCCGGAAGUGGCCAAUCGGCGGUGUGAGGCGGUGCCCACUGUGUUCGCGUCCCUCGGGCAGCAGAGCUAUGGAGCCCGGGGCUGCUGAGCUUUAUGACCAGGCCCUCCUGGGCAUCCUGCAGCACGUGGGCAAUGUCCAGGACUUUCUGCGCGUGCUCUUCGGCUUUCUCUACCGCAAGACCGACUUCUACCGCCUGCUGCGCCACCCCUCGGACCGUAUGGGCUUCCCGCCCGGGGCCGCGCAGGCCCUGGUGUUGCAGGUCUUUAAAGCCUUUGAUCACAUGGCUCGCCAGGAUGAUGAGAAACGGAAGAAGGAACUUGAAGAGAAAAUCAGAAAAAAGGAAGAAGAGGCCAAGGCUGCGGCAGCUGCUACAGCUGAGAAAGAAGCCGUGCCAGCCCCAGUGCAGGAGGUAGAGAUCGAUGCUACUGCAGAGUUGAGUGGGCCUCAGGAAGUAGAAAACACGGAGCCCCCAGGGCCCCCGGGCCCCAAGCACAACGUUACCCAUGGCCUGGAGGAGGCAGAGGCACCAGGAGCAGUUAGCAGUGCUGCUGAAGGCCCUAAGGAACCCCCUGAGCUCCCCAGGAUGCAGGAGCAAUUCCAGAAAAAUCCUGACAGUUACAAUGGUGCUGUCCGUGAGAACUACACCUGGUCGCAAGACUACACUGACCUGGAGGUCAGGGUGCCAGUGCCCAAGCAUGUGGUGAAGGGGAAGCAGGUUUCUGUGGCCCUUAGCAGUGGCUCCAUCCGAGUGGCCAUGUUGGAAGAAAAUGGAGAACGCGUCCUCAUGGAAGGGAAGCUCACCCACAAGAUCAAUACCGAGAGCUCCCUCUGGAGCCUUGAGCCGGGCAGGUGUGUUCUGGUGAAUCUGAGCAAGGUUGGUGAGUAUUGGUGGAGUGCGAUCCUGGAGGGCGAGGAGCCCAUCGACAUCGACAAGAUCAACAAGGAGCGCUCCAUGGCCACUGUGGAUGAGGAGGAGCAGGCAGUCCUGGACAGGCUCACCUUUGACUACCACCAGAAACUGCAGGGCAAGCCCCAGAGCCAUGAGCUGAAAGUCCAUGAGAUGCUGAAGAAGGGUUGGGAUGCUGAAGGCUCUCCCUUCCGAGGCCAGCGAUUCGACCCGGCCAUGUUCAACAUCUCCCCAGGGGCUGUGCAGUUUUAAUGACCGGAAGUAAAGGAAGCCCUCGCCGCCGGGGAGGUGGACACCUUGUCCUCUCACUCCCUGCAUGCCAGGGACCCACUCCUCCUGAUUAUCCUAGCCAUUUUCCCUUUGAUGAUGAAGCAGGCCUUCCAUGCUGCCGCUCUACCUUCAGACUAUUCUGGAGAAGGUGCAGGGCCAGCUGCUGCCUGGCGUUCUCUGUUGAAGGUGUUUGAAAUGCAGGAGGGACAUGUCCCAACAAACUGGGAGCACAUGUUCUGUCUCCACAGCAACCAGCCACUGCAGGCAGCAUUUCCUUCCUCCCCUGUUCUCUCUGCUUGCUGUUGUUUUGGCGCUAUUCUGCUUGCUUGUCUUCUGAUUGGGGAUGAGGAGUGGCUAGGCUCAGACAAAGUGACACUGAGGCGUGUGGGGCCAGGCACCUGCAUGAGGGCGAACGAGGCGUGGCUGUGGAGCUGCUAGGAGACCCUUACUUGUUGACCUCCUCUUCCUCUCUCUCCCUCUCUGCCCCUGUGUUUAGUCUUGCUCAUCUCUUUGUGAAUGCACUUGGCACGCCUCAGUUUUAUGGGCAGAACAGCGGAAACUGGGGUCUGUUUGCCUGUUGGAGAUAUUGGGAGAGAAAGUCUGGGGUUCUGGCCUAGUGGUGGCAAGCAUCCUGUCUACCCUCUGGGUGCAGCUCCUUGCUCCGGUUCUUGUUGAAGCUGACUGAGUGGAGCCACCAUUACUUGCUCCCUACAAGACCUCCUCAUCUGGUGUGCUGCAUUGAUGCCUGGGUGCCUUGAGGACGAGAUCACAGCAUCUUGGUAGUCAUUGGCAGAUAGUGUCAGCCACGCUCCUAAGCAGUUUUGACCUUGAAGGAUGCCUUAGGAAGAAAAAUUACCCACCAGACUGCUCUGUGGCACUCAGAGCCUGUGUGGCCACAGACCACCUCCAGCCAGGGUGUGAAGACCUGACCAAGGGAUAGGGACCCAAGUGUCCCAACCCUUGCAGGGCUUUCUCUGUGCCUGUUGCUGCCUGGCCUCUCCGUUUGCCUGGCUCUCAGUCUUAGUGUGAGUGUACAUCACAUCGCACCACAGAUUUCUGUACUUUGGGAGCCAACCGUACAACCAGCAAGAACUAAGACCCACCGAAGCCAAGGCAGCCUGCCCUCUGCGAAUGGCCCUGCACUGAGUGCUGUUUACACAUGCCUGGGAGGAGCCGUUGGAAGAGUAGACUGCAAGAAGCUUUCCAUCAACUGUGCAGACAGAAGCUGUUUCAUUGCAGUCAUUUUAGGGAGCUCUGCUUUACUUCUUAGAGUCCAUACUGGGAGUUAGUCUGUGGGCCAGAUAAGCCACUGUGGUGGUGAGGGUAGAGCAGUGGACUCCAAAUACCCACUCUGGAGUCUGAACUUGUAUUGGACAUUGGUCUCCAGGUUGAUGAAAUCUCUCUGAAGAGGUCACCCUCAGGGAGC